UGCAGACGCAGGUGGAGGUGGAGGCUGCAGCGGCCUCCGCGCGGUGCGGGAAGCCGGCGAGCAGGCAUGGCAGGCUGGUGGCGGGCGCUGCAGCGCGUCCCCCUGCGCUACCCGUGGCCCACCAAUGUGCUGCUCUACACCGGGCUCUUCUCGGCAGGCGACGCGCUGCAGCAACGGUUGCAGGGCGGCCCGGCCGACUGGCGCCAGACGCGGCGCGUGGCCACCCUGGCCGUGACCUUCCACGGCAACUUCAAUUACGCGUGGCUGCGCCUGCUGGAGCGCGCGAUGCCGGGCCGCGCGCCGCGCGUCGUCCUCACCAAGGUGCUGUGCGACCAGCUGCUUGGAGGGCCCAUCGCGCUGUCAGCCUUCUACGUGGGUAUGAGCAUUCUCCAGGAACAAGAUGACAUAUUCUUGGACCUGAAGCAGAAAUUUUGGAAUACAUAUAAGACUGGUCUGAUGUACUGGCCUUUUGUGCAGCUGACCAACUUCAGCCUCGUUCCUGUGCACUGGAGGACAGCUUACACUGGACUCUGUGGUUUCCUCUGGGCCACUUUCCUUUGCUUUUCUCAGCAGACCGGGGAUGGCACUCUGAAGUCGGCCUUCAUUCUCCUCCGUGCAAAGGCAGCUGGUGCAGUUGAGAAAUCUCCCGAGAAGUGAGAAAUCAAGGACUCUUUAACACGACAAGGUUUUUCCCCUAGAGUGCACUGAGUUACCCACAGAGAAAAUACUUGAUUUACCAGUUAUGUGCUUCAUUUUGAAGAAUUACUAUUCCUAGACUUACUUUUAAAAAAGUCAUUAUUAUUAUUGUUGUUAUUUUGUUUUUUAAAGACAAGGUCUUGUCAUGUAGUUCUUAAACUUAUUGUGGAGCCCAGGCUGGCCUUAAAUUUGUGAUCCUCCUCCGUAGGCCUCCUGGUGAGUGCUGGGAUUACAGGAAUGCACCACCACAACAAGUUGCAGUUAUUAUUUUAAAUUUUAUCCAAAUCUAUUCCUUUUAUUCUAAUCUGCAAGUCUCACUUCUCAUAUAAUAUCACAUCUCUGCUAUUUUGGUUAAAAAUAUCAAUAAUGAGAAAGUGACAUUCUAGAAUUAUUAAUAUUUGUAUUCUAAUAUUUUGGUGCCAGUUGAUUCCAAGUUCUGAUUGUUUACAUCUCUAUUCUAAAAUCUCAGGUUGUCUCUUAAACACUUGUUGGAUCAGAUUACCUUUUAUGUCAGAAAUAAUCCUUAUAAGUUUUUUUCAGUGUUUUGUUUUGUUGUUGAGACAGAGUCUCACUGUGUAGUUCAGGUUGGCCUUAAACGCACUACGUAGCACAGGCUGAACUGGAACUUGUAGUGAUCCUCCAUCCUUGGAGAAAUAGUCCUUAUAGUAAAAUUUCUGUUUCCGUAAGAUUUAAUCAAGGACGAGAUUUAAUAAGAUUUCUCCCCCAAAUACUUGGUAAUAGUUUAUUAUUCUGAUAUUAAGAUUCUGUAAAUAUAUUUCUAUCAUCAAAAAAGAAUGGUAUAUGAUUGAUGUGUUCUGUAGGAAAUAUUUUAUCAAUGUCUUCUACUUUUAUAAUAUCAAUGUAUAGUACUGUUAAUACUUUUUAAAAUUUUGAGCAUAUUUGGUUGACUAAAGUGUUUUAUUUCUUAUACAUACAGAAGAAAAUGUUUGACUUCUUGCUGAACGCGCACACACACACACAUGUUCUUACUAAGUUACCCUGACUGGCCUCUGACUGGCCUUGGACUCUGUCUUCUCACUUCACCCUCCUCCAGUUCUAGGAUUACAGGUGUGCCACACUGCCGGUGUCAACUGUAUUGAAUAAAAGUUCUGAAAAUAAAAAUUUGGAGCUGGACAUGGUGGUGCAUGCCUAUAAUUCCAGCACUCUGAGAGGCUGAGGCAGGAAGAGGCCAAGUUCAAACUCAGCCUGGGCAACUGAGCAACUUUAUAAGACCCUGUCUCAAAAUAAAAAAUGCCAAAAGGGCUAGAGAUGUAGCUCACUGCAAAGGCCCUGGGUUAAAUCCCCUGUACCAGAAAAACAAACAAAACUAAAUAAACUAAUAAAUUUGGACCGAGAGUAAGGGUCAGUGGUAGAGCACUUGCCUAACAUGCAAAGCCUUUGGUUGAAUCCUGAGCACUGAAAAGGAGAAACAGCUAAUUAAAUUUUCUGCCUCUGGGAAAAGAAACUCAAAACUGUACCAGGAAAAAUAGUUUCCUAAAAUGUCACUUUGCUGUCGUAUUUUCUUUCCCAGUCUUUUUUUUUUUUUUUUUUUGUGGAGAAGAGGGAGUUGUUUUGGGGGUAUUGAAUCCAAGGCCUUGCUUAUGCUGGGGAAACACUGUACUACUAGCUAUAGCCUCAGCCCACUAAUGUUAUACUUUUAAAAUACAUUUUUAUAUUCUAAUGUACACAUGAGAAUUUGACCCAGUCUUAAAGAUUCAUUCAGUGUGUCCAAUAACAGCAGGUUUAAAAAUAUGUAAAUAGUUAGGCAAGUUUGAGGGCUUGGGAGUUAGCGCAUAAGUGCGAGGUCAUGAGUUUGACCCCCAGUACCAAAAAAAAAUAGAAAAAGUAAAAGAGGGGCUGGGGAUUUAGCUCAGCGGCAUAAGCACCUGCCUUGCAAGCAGGCAGUUGUGAGUUCGAUCCCUGGUACCAAUAAAAAGUUAAAACAGAAAAAAAAAAAAAAAGAAUCAAAAAGUUUAAAAAAUAAAUGCAAAAAGGUGAACAACUAUAUAAAGUUAUGUAAAAAUGUCAGCAAAUUUCAUCUCAGAAUUAAUUCACAAUUCUAUUGUUUUCAAUGGAAUUUCCCCCAGAUUUUAAGAUGUGAAGCACUGAACUGUUACUUUAUCUUGAGAGAUUAUUUUUAAGAGCAACUUAAGAAUGUAUAUCUAAAGUUUCUAGAAUGUAAUUUGUAUAAUUUAUAACAUAUUUAUAGUUGUCAUAGCAUGUGGCUUCUAAGUGUAUAAUUUAUUUGAAUAUAAUAGGUAUUAAUAUAUUUUAUAUUAGGAUAAUAGCAAGGAAUUUUUUUGUGUGCUAUUUGCAUUAUUUUAAAAGUAGUUAAUACAAUAGAAAAGGUAUUUUAUAAUACAUAAGACAUAUUAUCAUCAGAAGUCUAUGCAGGGUGCUAGGUGUGGUGGCACACACCUGUAAUCCCAAUAUUCAGGAGGCUGAGGCAGGAAUAUCACUGCAAGUUUGAGACCAAGUUAGGCUAUAAAGUGAGUUUAAGGCCAGCCUGUACUGCAUAGUGAAACCCUGUCUCAAAAAGACAAAAAAAAAAAAAAAAACCAAAAAUGUCUGUGCAGCGUAGUUAACUGCCAAAUUUUUUGGAAACCUGUUUUCUAUUUGCAGUCUCUGAGAGAUGACCCUUACUUAGAUAACUGAAAAAUGAUUUCUCAGUUCGGAGGGGAUCUUUCCAGCUAUAUGAAUGGAUGCAAUGGAAAUGAGAUGAGAUUUAGAAGGAAAGAGCAAAAAGCUAGAAAAGUAUUUAAGUGCUGGGGGUGUCGCUCAGUGGUAGAAUGUGCAAAUGCCCUAGGUUUGAUCUUCAGCAUAAAAAAAAGAAAAGAAAAAAAAAGAAGAAAUAAAAGAAAAUAAUAUUUAGCUUCUAACUUAGAGGGACAUUUCCAUUCAUCAUUCUUCAGCUUGAAAAAUUUAGGUGUGUCGUGUCUUCCUUGUAAUUAUAAAUAGUACAUAAUUUGCCCUGAACCUUUUUCAUUUGUAGGAAAAAUUAAUGAAAGUUAUUCUCUUUUAUCUGUAUCAUAGUUUAUUUUGUGAGAAAGAAUUAGGCAGAUUGAGAGUCAAAGUAUGUUUAAAAUUUUUUAAGAAUCACGUUUGAGGGCCAGGGAUAUGGCUCAACAGCACAGUGCCUGCCUGGCAAGUGCAAGGUCAUGAAUUUAAUUCCCAGUACCAAAAAUAAAAUAAAAUAAAUCAAUUUUGAGGACCUUUUUAUAAGAUCUUAUUUUUCUCAAAAUCUAUUCAGUAGCAUGAUUUAGUGAAUAAAGUAAUUGAUUGUUUGCCUCCUAUACUAUUAAUGAAAUUGAGCAGUUAGAGAUUCAUACAAAUGAAGGAUGCUUUGGGAAAUUUUAAUUAUUACCUGAUUUGUGUUGAUGCUGUUUGGAUCAGAAUAAGAAACUAUUUGAUGAAUGAAAGAAAUUACAGAUACUAAAAGUUAAGAUUCCAAGAAGAACGUAUUUUCAUAUUAUAGUACUUCACUAAUAAAUAUAAUUUUGAUUAUUAAUGAGUUGAAGAAAAAUAUGUUCUAUUUCUUUUGCAUUAAAACCUGUACAUAAGGAAAAUUAACUUCAGUAGUUGGAGUUAUAUCUAAAUAGGGCUUCGCAUCAACAGUGUUAAAUAUACUUGACCAAAUUAAAUGUGAAUAGUGUCUUUAAUAGAGAUGGAUUACCCAGAACAGCAGUUCCUAAGUCAUACAUCAUUGCCAUAUUCUUUAUUUGAUUACAGUUUUUCUUCCAAAGACUAUCAUGCUUUGGGAUUCAUUUGUAGCUAUCAAAAAUAUUUUUUGUUACAUGGGCAAUUUACUUUGAGCUCAGUAGAAUUUUGUGUGAAUUUCUACAGAGUGUUUGCCAAAACAAAUUACAUCUGGAACAUGCUUUAACAAUAUAUUGUGGAGGCAGCUUUCAUCUGAAAUUUGGUUCAUCUUCUGAGAGUAUUAAAAAGUUAAUGGAUUUCUGUGCCUGAAGACUUUGACCUUGCACUGGCAACAUUUAAUCCAGUUUUACUUCUAAAUCUUGGAGUCUAAAGGAACUAAAUUGCUGCAAAUGUGACUCAAACUAUUGGAAAUUUCUUCUUUUGGUACUAUCAGCAGCUCACAAGAGAAAAAUCUUGUGUUUAAGUGUGUUCUUGGGUUUAAAGAUAAAGAACACAUGAAGAGAUGUGAACCAUAGUUAACAACAUAGGACAGAGUAAUUAGUAACUGAGCAAUAUUUUUGGCAUACAUGCAUACAAGCUUGUCCAGGUUGGCCUCUUCUAAGUCUCUUUCAUCCUUUCUUCCUUCUUUCUCACUCCCACGUCAAACCUCUUCUGAGGCUCAGGAUGUAGCUUCACAAUAGAGCAUGGAGACAAUGAUCACCAAGCCCCAAAACAGAAACAAAGUCUGGAUCUUCCAUGCUGUACUGCCUGGCUGUACCUGGACCUCUCAGAUCCUCCAGGGAGCAGAGUAAUGGUUAUGGGCUGGAGAUGAGAGUGCUUAAGUAACUCUUCAGCCUCACCUUACGUAAGAUGGUGCCCCCACGGUUUCCUCUCCUUUUGAGUGCCCAGCCUUUAUUUUUUCUGGUUGUAAUGUUCUGUCUUCUGAAUGAGUUCUCAUUUCUUUUUCUUGCCUCUCACAAAUCCUGUUUUCAUCUGGCUGAUUUCAGGGAAGUGUUAGAAAAGUAGGCUUGUUAAAAUAAUUUACUGUGAAGAGGACAACCUCUGUAUUGUUUGUUUGUUUGUUUGUUUUGUUUUGUUUUAUAAUUGCUAAUGCAGACUUAUCUCUGGAUGGAUUUUUCAGGAGUUCUUGCGGAAGGAGGAGGUUAUACUUUUGGCAGAAGUCUUCUAAUUCACUUUGCAUGCUGCUGUCCACUUUUCAUUAUACUGGAGAUUGAAACCCAGAGCACUGAGCUACAUCUCCAGACCUUUUUUUUUUUAAAGACAGAGCCUCACUAAGUCCUACACCAGGACUCACUAAGUCCAAAUAGGCCACCCAGGUUGGCUCAGACUUGCAGUCCUUCUGCCUCAGCCUCCCGGGCAGUUGGGAUUAUAGGCAUGUGGCACCAGGCCCAGCCACUAUGAGUUACUAGGGGAAAGAAUGUAUUUUUACUCAUGUUUGUAUCUGAGGUGCCUAGCCCAGUGUUAGCCAGAGUAGAAACUCAGAAACAUUGUUAAAUGAGUUAAAGUAUUUGAUGGAUUCUUGUCUAUUACUUUUUGUCUCUGACUGGUUCUGAGGUCUGGACUGAUCUUUUCACUUUCAUCCCUAUAUGCAGGCAGCUGACCUGUCUUGAGCUUUGCGCCCCUCUAACUUUGUCCAGCUCCAGGCUUGAGGUCCAGAAAAUUCUAGUGUUUCCUUGAGGAUAGCAAUGACCCGUGGGCUUUGGUUCCCUAGCUUUUGCAUAUUGCCCUCAGAAGAGCAUCAUUUCAUUCCUCCCCCCAGCUGUGCAAGACCAGGGUAUUGGUCUUUUAAGAGCUGGGUAGAAUCAUGGCAGUUGAGCCUUCCUUAAACUACUGGAUAGGCUGGCACAUGUGUUAGUACUUUGAUGCAUGCAGCAUGGUUCUCUGAAAGUGAGGUCUGUUCUAGAAUUACAGUGAAUAUUUCUUUCUCAGACUCCUGAAAUUCUAGGUAAGUGGUGACUUGUUCCUCCUCUUCGAUGGUCACUGGAUAGGGCAAAAAAACCAACACAAUACCUAAAUGGAAAUUCAUCCAGUUGCCAAAUAAUUGCCACAUAAUAGGAAAAUCCACUGCCUUUUCAUCAGGUUGCUAAUUUCUGGGUUGUAUUUGUUGUGGAUUCCCUGAAUGUUUGGGGACCAGGAGUUGGUUCCUAUAAGUGGCAAAGCCCUUUUGGAGCUGGAACUGUUGUAAUGUUCUUAUUUAUUUCUAUACUGAGAUCAACUACUUGGUUAAGAGCUUGCCAUGUCUGAGUAUUGCCAUUUUAGUAUUCUUGAUGAGAGGGUCUGUUUGUUUAUUUUCUAAUACUUGUCUCAGUGUCUUAUUCCUCUGAGCCAUGGGACCAGAAUGCUCUUUUCAGUUUUGUGUGGAAAGUAUUGUAAAAGCAAUGCUAGUUACUUAAUUCCUAAGUUUAAAUUUUAUGUUUGAAUUAUUUAUACAUUUAUAUGUAAUUUUUGAUGUAAUAUGACAGUAUAUAUGAAAAUUAAAUGGCUUUUGAUUAAGUGCAGCAAA